CUUGGUCUCUGGAUAAAAACAAAUAAAGAUGAAAGAAAAAAACAGUACACACACACUCAUAUAUAUAUAUGAUGCAUCUUGUUGAUAGUAAACUAAGGUAAGCUAGUGUUCAAUAAUAUGAUGCAUAAAUGUGUUAUGUCUUUGGUGGUAUGCAUAUUAUUUAUGAGUGGUGGUCUUGGGAGGUCUUGCAUUGAAAAGGAGAGGCAAGCUUUACUGGAUGUUAAAGCUAACCUAAACAACUUUCAUGGACAUCUAGAUGAUUGGGGAAGAGAAGAAGAAAAAAUGGAUUGUUGCAAAUGGGAGGGUAUCACUUGUAGCAACCAUAAUGGUCAUGUGAUUGAGCUUGAUCUUUCUUUCAAAGGCAUCGCAGGUAAAAUUAGUCCGUCGUUACAAGUGUUAAAUCAACUAAAAAUUCUUAAUCUGAAUUAUAUUAAUUUUCAGUCCAAUCAUUUACCCAAGUUUCUUGGUUACCUGCCCAAGUUAGAAAGUUUGGAUAUUUCAGGUGCUAAUCUUAGCGGACCUAUUCCUUAUCAACUUGGCAAUCUCUCAAACUUGCUUCAUCUUGAUCUUAGUAGUAACUCUUUGGGGGGAUCUAUUCCUUUUUCUUUUGUAGAUUUGACUUCUCUCACCUAUUUAAAUCUCUCACAAAAUCAGCUAGUAGGUGCCAUUCCAAAAUCAUUUGGGAACAUUGUGGGUCAAUUUGAAAAUCUGACUUAUCUUGAUGUUGGUCACAAUUUAUUAAAUGGAAGAAUUCCAAGCUUCAUAGGAUGUCCCUCCCUUUUUUUAUUUAGAUGUGUCUAGUAAUCAUUACAUGGUAAUGUGCCAGACAAUUUGGGUCAGCUUUCAAAUCUGGAAUAUCUUGAUUUUUCAUCCAACUCCCUUGAAGGUGUUGUCACUGAAGUACAUUUUCAAAAACUCACCCAACUAUAUUACUUGGAUUUGUCUUUUAAUUCUUUAGUAUUAGAUUUGAACUUCCAUGAGAGAAUCCCUUUUCAGAUAUCAAUUAUAAAGUUACAAUCCUGCAAGCUGGGACCUGGAUUCCCGGUGUGGAUUAAACCUCAUGAAUUUCUUAAUCAUCUUGAUAUUUCCAAUGCUGGAAUAUCAGAUGGCGUCCCUGACUGGUUUUGGGACCUACCAACGGCGUUGCAAUUUCUGAACCUUUCUUCAAAUCAAAUAAAAGGAAUGCUACCAAACAUGGGGCUAACGUUUAGUGGCUCUACCGGAAUGGAUUUGAGUAACAACCAUUUCGAAGGAAGAGUACCCUCAUUGCCUUUUGGAUUAGCCGCAUUAAACCUUUCUGGAAACAGGUUCUCAGGAACACUUUCUUUCUUGUGUGAGAUUGGUCAGUUCUUAACUUUUCUUGACCUCUCCAACAAUUCAUUAACAGGGAGACUGCCUGAUUGUUGGAUGAAAUUCCAAGAAAAGCUAGUCGUGCUUAGUUUAUCAGAUAACAAUCUGUCAGGGGAAAUCCCUUCUUCUUUGGGAUUCUUGCUUAACCUCGAGGCAUUGUCUUUGCGAACAAACAACUUUGUUGGUGAAGUGCCAAUGUCCUUGAGCAACUGCACAAGACUAAGGUUUGUGGAUCUUGGGGAAAAUAAGUUAUCAGGCGUGAUACCAGAAUGGAUAGGGGAAAAACUUUCAAAGUUAUAUGCUCUUGUUUUAGGAUCAAACAGAUUCUACGGGAGAUUACCUUUACAAUUAUGUUGGUUGUAUAAUCUUCAAGUCCUUGACCUGUCGAAUAAUGGAUUGUCAGGUAAUAUUCCUAGGUGCUUUAAUAACUUCACAUCUAUGGCUAGAAAAGUCUUUAAAGAUGAUUUAGGUACACAUUCUUAUUCCACUUUUGGUGGAAGAAUCCCCGGAAGGAACCCAGCUCCACGGGCUUGCAGGUCUAUUAUUAAUUGUCGUAGAUUGCAAUUCCGAGAAACUAACGAGGCCCAGUAUUCGGACAAUGCAUGGGUUGUAUGGAAAGGAACAGAACGAUUAUUCGGAAGGAGUGGUCUGCAGCUACUGAAAAGCAUUGAUCUGUCAAGAAACAACUUAUCUGGAAAAGUUCCUCAUGAGAUCACUAGUCUUUAUGAACUGAUCUCGCUAAAUCAUUCUAUGAACAAACUGCAUGGGGAAGUCCCGAAAGAUAUGGGUUUGUUGAGACAUCUGGAAUCUCUUGACUUGUCAAACAACGAGUUCUCUGGGCAUAUUCCUUGGAGUUUGGCACAAUUAAACUUUCUAAGUUACCUUGAUCUCUCUUACAAUAACUUGUCAGGAAGAAUACCAAUUGGGUCUCAACUCCAACGUUUCAGUUAUACCUCGUACAGUGGUAACCCUCAACUUUGUGGACCUCCACUUACACCAAGAUGUGGGUUUGCACCUGUUGCUGGAAAGAAAGAUGUUGAAGAAGAUGAAGAGGACUCUUGGAAAUCAUAUUACACAGGUAUGGGUGCUGGAUUUGCUGUUGGAUUUUCAGGAAUUUGUGGUGCUUUAGUUUUAAACCACCGAUGCAGAUAUUUCUUUUUUGCUUUGUUGAGUUACAUAAAGGAUUGGAUAUAUGUAACUACGGUUGUGCAUUUCGGCAAACUUGAAAGAAACUUGAGAAGGUGAGCAUUGUGCAUGCACCAACUUCCAUCAGUUAUGUAGAAGAUGUAUGAUAUGAAAACAAUGGUUUCCUCAAUAAGGGUAUAAUUACCUCAAUGUUUUACAGUAUGGAAUAAGAAGUGUAAUUGCAAAUUGUUGUUAAGUAUUUC